GUCAACAAACAUCAGUCAGAAUUUGAAAGCCAAAGCAGUCUUCGCCAGUUAAAAAGGAAAUUUUGACCAGUUUAGUUGAUUGUGAUGUUCUAAGAAUGGAUUUAUGAGAAGGAACGAUAUUUAUAUUUAUAAUCUGUGGGACUUGCACAAGAAAAGUUGACAUGGUGUCGUCAAGUGAAGACCCUGACUCAGGUCCAGGUACGGGUGAUGAGGCAGGGGAAGAUGGCAGAGGCAAAGUAGAUGGAUCGGGUCAGCCAACCCAGCAGCAGCAGAGGAGUUGGGUGGAUAGAGGUCAGGGAGAGAAGGUCACGACAGAAAAGAAAAUGAAAAUAACAGAGACACGUAGAGAGACCAUCACGUCCAAGGGCAUUCACGACUUAUCCUCAGCCAUCAACAGCUUGGAUGACCAUUUCCAGGCAGGUCUUCAGGAGGUGCGCAACAGCCUGGCCAGCAUUCACCAGGAGAAAACCACGCUGACAGAACGCUUGCGCAGUGUCUCAGAAAAGCUGGUUGAAGUCUCAGGAGAGAGAAAUGAAUGCCAAAAUGUUAUUUCAGAUCUCCAACAGGAAGUCUCAAACAUCACGGACCAGCUGACCCAUGAACAGAGGACUAAUGCUGCACUGAGGAAAAGAAUCCACGAAAUGGAAAAUGAGAAUGAGUCCCACAUGCAGAGCAUUGCCAGCCAGCUUCGGGAUCGUCAGCUGGCUCACAGAACCAUUGUCAAGUGGAGACGAAAGGUUUUUGAGAGAGGUCACUUCAGUGUGGUACGCUUACUUGAAGAAGAAAACAGUCAGCUGCGUGCCGAGCUACUAAAAUGCCAGGAGGCAGCAAAGCAAGCCUUUCUUCGAAGUGCAAAUGCUCUGAACUCAGAAGCCAUCACAAUGUUUCAGGACGCCGCCACGAGACGCCUCGGCUACGACGAGGGCGCGGAAGGGCGGUCGUCGCCCAACCCUCCCCCGCCCUCCUCCUCCUCCGGCCCCUCCUCCCCCGGGUCCCCCGAGCCCUCCCGCGGCCGCUCGGGGAGCGAUGGCGGGUUCCAGGGCGAAGGUUCGGGCGAACCGCAGGCCUCUGGAGGAGCCUUUUUCAGUCGAGGGGGCUUAAGAGGCGGAGCGGGGGGCGCAGCGGGCGGGGGCGCGGAGGCCGCGACCUGGGGGCGGCGGGGCAGUGCGAGCCGCGAGGAGGCGCAGCGACACAGCCACGGGAGGGCGUCGCGCGGCGGAUUCGACGACGGCAGCGCCCUGCAUGGCCCUCGCGGCCUCCCGACGCAGCACCGGACGUACCCCGACAGCCCCUUCGGAUCGCAGGAGUCCCUUGAGAGCGGAGACAGCGACGCCUACCCGACGCAGGCUCAGAGGGCGGGCCUGCCGAGGAGCUUCCCCUUCGGCGGCCCGCGCGAGGGCGGCGACGCCUCGGACGAAGGGUGGGGCCGCGCGGAGGAGCAGGGGGCCGUGCCCAGGAGGCGCGUCCCAGGCCCUGCCGCCGCCGCAUCCGACUACGCGCCCUGAUUCCCUGCGGGAGGAGACGCGCGCGAGGCUGUCGCAGCUUCAGGAUGACCGCCGCAACAGGAUGUCCGAGGCCCAGCCUGCUCCUCCGCCCGCCGCCCAGGGCAGGGCGCCCAGGACCCUCGCCUCCCGCCCCGCCUCCGCCAGCCACAGA